AUGCCGAAAACACGACAGACUCGAAAUGCUUCAAAGAACGCUGCCGACUUCUCGACGCGAUUCACAGGCAUGCGCAGUGAACUCCGUGAACUCAUAACCAAAGGCCUUCGCGAGUUCACCGGGAAGCCCGGACUCGAAAUGGUCUGGACACGAGACACGUUCCUCGAGCUCGUCAAGGCCGAGCGGGUGCGGCUCCGUGGCUGGCCGACGAGGAUCCCUUUUGCGAACUUCAGCAAGCUUCCCGGAGCCCAGAAAGCGGUCCGGGAGCUGCGCUACCUCUGGGACCGGAAGGAGCUGGUGUGGGAAAGCAUACCCGAUGCCGAGUUUCCGGCCUUAGAUCUGGUAUCUGCCUUGCCGUCGUGGACUCCGAAGCAACCGCAGAAGCUCAACAUUGGGCGUAGUGACAUCGGGAGUACCCGAGAGCGGCGUGUGACGCGCGCUCGCUACCCACGUUCUGGGGCUAAGACUCCGGCGAUAGUUAGCUCGUCCCUAGACUCCGAAAUUGAGGACUUUAGUGAUGAGGAGAGGGUGGCUGGAAGGGCUCGGAAGCGAGUGCGGCGCGAGUACAAGAGUGCAGAGUACACCGCCAAAUUUUUGAGAUGUGUCAGCCAGGCAGCCACCAGCUUGAGGAUACCGCGUUAA